AUCGAGAAAUAACCAAGAUUAUUGAAUGAACAACGUCCAUCUUGCUAAGGUGUUUGAUAUUGUUUGUUUAUUAGCUAUUUGCAUUUUUGUGCAUUUAAUACUUAUUAUUUGUUGCGAAUUGUGUUGUCGUGUUUACUUACUCAAUAUGAGUAAACGAGUAAAGGCCUGUUGUGUACCAGGAUGCACAAAUAAGCAAGCGAAAAGACAUUCCAUUCCUACGAAUGAAGACGUUUGCAGAAUUUGGUUGCAAAGAAUUAAUAACCCCAAGUUAAUGCUUGCAGAUACAGUAUUAUCAUCACAUAGAAUAUGUGAUAUUCAUUUUGAACCAAUUUGUAGAAACCCCAAUGGCAGGUUAAAAAAAGUUUCCCUGCCAACUCUACAUUUACCUAGUUACAAAAAAGGUGAAAAUGAUAUUUUUUGGGUACAGGAGCAACCAUAUUCAUUUUCAACUCCAAAAAAGCUGAUAGAAUUGAUUGUAAGGACUAGUUCAUCUAUCAACAUCUUUUCUGGCAACAGCCCAAUAGAGGGAACAAAAAAACCUGUUAAGGUCUACACAAGGAAGCGAUUAUUUCAAGCCCUUGUUGAAGAACCUUGUAGCUCCUCGAGUAUCCUGUAUGAACCAUCAAUAUCGACUAAUGUGGAAACAGAUAAACUUGGAGGACGCUCGACUGUGACAGGCUACUCUGUUGUUGGAAACUCCACAGAUAAUUUCUGGUUUCCACCACAACAAAACGUUCGAAUACCAGAAAAAAUUAAAGAUAUACUUACGAGUUUUCCAUUAGGCCAAACGUCUUUGACCCCAUCUACCUCCACUGAGUUGAAAGUUCAAAUCCCUAUUAGAGUAUAUGGACGAAGAAGUCAGCCCUUCAUAGACUCUGAAACUGCAUUUAUGCUUCAACCGUCAACUUCUCAAGCUGUUGAUGACGUACUAGACCCUCCAGUAGGACCAUCAAAAGACCGAGUGGAUAUGAAGCAAACAGUAAUUAAGGACGAAAUCGAGAUUCACGAUGAUUUUAUUUGCAAUACGAAAGUCAAACAAGAAUUGAGUGAUGAAGUUUAUAGUGUCGCAUUUCAAAAUGUAAAUACAAUUAGUACGCGUCCUAUUAAACAAGAAAUAAGUGACGAUCUAAACACAAUUCAACUAUUUGAACAAUCUAUGGUCACCAUAAAAACAGAGGAAUGCCCUAAUAUGGUUGAUAAACCCAAAAUUCCAAACAACUUUGAAUAUUCCAGAAUAAAAUCCGGAAAGAAAACUAAAUCACAAGGGUCGCAAAAAUGUUUAAAACAUCUGAUUCUGAAUAGUAUCAAUGGGAUUAUAAUCUGUGAGUUGUGUGGAAAUUUAUACACGAAACGAAUAGAAUUCAUUCGACACUUUUCUAUUAAACAUUGUACGAAACAGGAAUUUUACCAGACAAAUAAAUGUUCUAAAAAAAAGGAAAAAACAGACACUGCUGUCAACAGAAAUGUCGAUGUGGAUGUUAAAAAUGAAACAGUUGAAGAUGGUUGGAAAAAAGAAGAAGAUAUUAGAUUUGCUGCUAACUUCACGUCAAGUAUAUAUGAAUGUCAGAACUUGAAGAGAAAUGAUGCAAACACAACAAAAAACUUCUUCAAAUGUGACAUUUGCUUAAAAAAUUUUUCGCCAAAAAGUGGUUUGAAAACGCAUUUGUGUAGUCACACUGAAGAGAAGAGAAAUUCACACGUUCGUACUCACACUGGAAAAAAGCCAUUCAGAUGUGACAUUUGUCAGAAAACUUUUUUAAUGAAACGUAAUUUGAAUAUACAUCUAUUAUUAGUCUAUGUAAUGGAUGUGAAACAAGAGCUAGAAGAUGCUUUCAUUGAAGAGGAAAAAUUUGAUAUCAAAGAACAUAAUAUCAAACAAGAAAACGACAAACUAACAUCUCAUAAUGUUAAAAUGAAUGAGAUGAUUUAUGAAGAAGAAUUGAAGUUUAAAUUGGAAACAGAUGAGAUCCAUUCAGAUGAAACUUACUCUAAUGAUAAUUUUAAUGAUGGUUUGAAAAAAGGUCUAGUUAAUUAUCAGGCAAGAAUAUUAAAAAGAAAACUACAAAGAAAUCGAACGUCGUUCACAGAUUACCAAAUUGUCUUAUUAAAGGAAGGAAAUUUAUCUCGUCAGAACUAUAUGAAGCUUGAAGGUAUUUUCAUUUGUAAGAUUUGUGGAAACUUAUGCGCUAAGAAAUUUGACAUCCUCCAUCAUAUUUUCACACAUUUUGUUAAGAAACCUCGUCGAAACCUAAUUCAGAAAGAAAGACUGUUGAAAUGUGGUUUUAGUUUAAUGCCGUUUUCUAAAAGUACUAGUUUAAUUCGAAAAAAACUUGUCCAAAAAGAUUGUGGCACUUUAAGUGUAUAUAAACGUAGUGCAACUUCCAAAAAACCCGUUUUUUGUAAUAUUUCUCCGAAAUCUACUUUACUCCAACAUACUGGCGGAAAAUUACCGUACUCUGAUAUUUCCACAAAAUCUCUUACGUCUUCAAGUUUAGUUGAACACAAAGGUAUUAGCAUAGACAGAAAAACAUUUAAAUGUGACAUUUGUUCGAAAACUUUUACAAAGAAAUCUAAUUUGAAUAAACAUUUGUUAAGUCACACUACAGAAAAGCCUUUCAAAUGUGAUGUUUGUUUGAAGACUUUCUCAUGGAAACAUCAUAUGAAUAGACAUUAUGUAAGUCACACCAUAGAAAAACCAUUUAAAUGUGAUAUGUGUUUGAAAACUUUCGCGCAAAAACCUAAUUUGAAAGUGCAUUUGCUAAGUCACACCGGGGAAAAACCAUUCAAAUGCGACAUUUGUUUAAAAUCUUUCUCGCAGAAACAUCAUUUGAAAAUACAUUUGCUAAGUCACACUGGAGAAAAGCCGUUCAAAUGUGAUGUUUGUUUGAAAAGUUUCACACAGAAAUCUUAUCUAAAUAGACAUUUGCUAAGCCACACUAGAGAAACAGCAUUCAAAUGUGACAUUUGUUUAAAAAUUUUCUCACAGAAGUUUCCUUUGAAUAGACAUUUGUUAAGUCACACAGGAGAAAAACCAUUCAAAUGUGACAUUUGUUCAAAAACUUACACGCGGAAAGAUUAUUUGAAUGAACAUUUGGUAAAUCACACUGGAGAAAAGCCUUUCAAAUACAUAGAAGUAGAUCGGAUGCACUUUGAUGAAACUAACUCUGGUAAUUUUAUUGCUGGUUCGAGUAUAGGUCCAGUUAAUGAUCAGGCAAGAUUAUUAUUUAAAACGAAUCGAACGUUGUUUACUGAAGACCAAAUUGACUAUUUGAAGGAAGGAACUGUAUCUUGUUGGAAGCAUAUAAAGCUUGAAGGUAUUUUCAUUUGUAAGUUAUGUGGGAACUUGUAUGUAAGAAAAUUUUACCUCUACCAUCACCAUUUUACUCAACAUCUUGUCAAGAAACCUCUUCGUAACAUAAUUCAGAAACAAAAGUUCAGAUUAAAACAAAAUGUAGUAAACGAAUCUGUUCAAACAAUGAGUAUAUUAAAGACGAAACAUGCAAAUAAAAAUGAAUUUCGUGUGGAUCAGUUGCAGGAUUUGAUUAAUCAAAUUAAAUCAUUUGCAACAAAAUCCAGAAGUGAUAUUCUUACAAAAUCUUCUACAUCUUCAAGUUUAGAUGAAUACAAGAGUAUUUGCAUUGGCAGAAAACUAUUUGAAUGUAAUGGAUUAGUAAACACAUUUAUCUCAAAGUACACUAAAACAGUAUUUACAUUCUUUGUAAUGAAUGUGAAACAAGAGCUAGAAGAUGCUUCCAUUAAAGAGGAAAAAUUUGAUAUUGAAGAACAUGAUAUCAAACAGGAAAAUGAUGUAAAUUAUUUACAACUAGCAUGCGAUGAUGUUAAAAUUAAAAUGAAUGAGAUGAUUUAUGACGAUGGCCUAGAAUGUAAAUUAGAAACAGGCCAAAAAAUAUAUGAGAUGCAUUCAGAUGAAACUUACUCUGGUGAUAAUUUUAAUGUUGGUUCGAAUAUAUGCCCAGUUAAUGAUCAGACAAGAUUAAUAUUGAAAAAGAAUAAAACAACUUUCUCUGAUGCUCAAAUUGACUGUUCAAAGAAAGGAACUUUAUCUCAACAGAAGCAUAUAAAGCUUGAAGGUAUUUCCAUUUGUAAGUUAUGUGGAAACUUGUAUGUUAGAAAAUUUCACCUCUACGAUCACCAUUUUACACAACAUCUUGUCAAGAAACCCCUUCGUAACAUAAUUCAGAAACAAAAGGUUAGAUUAAAACAAAAUGCAGUAAAUGAAUCUGUUCAAACAAUAAAUAUAUUAAAGAUGAAGGGUGCCAAUAAAAGUAAAUUAUGUGUGGAUCGGUUGCAAGGGUCAUUUAAUCAAAUUAAAUCACGUGCAACAAAAUCCACUAGUGAAAGUAGUUCAAUUAGAAAGUCUCGUAUUCAUAACGGAGAAAACAUCAAAUGUGACAUUUGUUUAAAAACUUUCUCACACAAAUCUAAAUUGGAUAUACAUUUGCUAAUUCACACUGGGGAAAAACCAUUCAAAUGCGACAUAUGUUUAAAAACUUUUUCACAGAAAUCUCAUUUAAAUGUACAUUUGCUAAUUCACACUGGAGAAAAACGAUUCAAAUGUGACAUUUGUUUAAAAACUUUUUUACAUAAAUCUAAUUUGAAUGUACAUUUGCUAAUUCACACUGGAGAAAAACCAUUCAAAUGUGAUAUUUGUUCAAAAACUUUCUUACUAAAAUCAUACCUGAAAAUACAUUUGCCAAGUCACACCGGAGAAAAACCAUUCAAGUGCGACAUUUGCUUAAAAACUUUCUUACAUAAAUCUAAUUUGAAUGUACAUUUGCUAAGUCACACUAAAGAAAAGCCAUUCAAAUGUGAUAUUUGUUUAAAAACAUUCUCGCAGAAAUUUUCUUUAAAUAGACAUUUGUUAAGUCACACUGGAGAAAAACCAUUCAAAUGUGACGUUUGUUUGAAAACAUUUUCAGAAAAACAUAAAUUAAAAAUACAUUUUCUAAGUCACACUAAAGAAAAGCCAUUUAAAUGCGAUGUUUGUUUAAAAACUUUCUCGCAGAAAUUUUCUUUAAAUAGACAUUUGUCAAGUCACACCGAAGAAAAGCCAUUCAAAUGUGAUGUUUGA